AUUCAAUAAUAUAUUUCUCGCAUUUGUUUUAUGGGUUUCCAUGAAAUUAAUGCCAUUUCUUAAAAGCAGAUUAUUAUUAUAUAACAGUAAUUACUAAACAUUAUGUGUUUGUUAUUUCUUUAUACAAACCCUAAUCCAAGCGCUGAUGAGUACUGUUUAGUCGUCGCCAGCAUUAGAGACGAGUUCUUUGACCGCCCGAGUCGUCGGUGUCAUCGAUGGGAACAAAAUGAUCAGAUUGUCGGAGGAGUGCAUGUAUUCGGCAAUAGUAUACCAGAGAAUCCGUGGAGAAAAGUCCGGUUCGCCAAAAGAAAUUUCGCUCAACUCUUGUCGGAGAACCGAAAAAUUGCAAACAAAGAGCAAUUAGUGGACAAACUGUUGGAAAUGAUGAGCUCUGAGAAGGAACAAUCGUAUGAAUCGGUUGUCAACACAACCGGCGCUGUCGGAGGCGGAGACACAACACGUGCUCAACGGGUCGUCACCUCUCAUACCAAUCACACGUCCGUCCGAUCGGCGCAACAGUUCACCCGGUUGGCCGAAGUGGGCCGACUCGAGACACCCAAACUGGAGGGCAAGUACUCGACGGGACAACUGCUUCUUCACCGGGUGUUUGGCUAUCGGGGCGUAACUCUGUUCCCGUGGAUGGCAAGAGUGUACGACAGGGAUGUCUCCCAUAAUACAAACACAGCCAACAAUAAUACCAAUAGUAAUCGGACAACGACGACAACCACUACCGCCUCCACCGCCGCCGCCGAUGAGGCCUCGAGUGCCGGCUAUAACACAGUGGGCCGUGAAGUGAGAGGACACACUCACACCUACUAUCAGGUGCUGAUCGACACGAGAGACUGUCCUUUUGUGAGGACUCAGACCGAAGCGGUGACAUUUCUGGGCAAUCAGGAGAACAGUCGGUCGCUGUACGCCAUCCCAGGCCUGGACUAUGUGGCCCACGAAGACAUACUCCCGUACACGUCCACUGAGAAGCAGCCGAUACAACACGAACUCUUCGACAAGUUUCUGAUGUUAGACCCGGAGAAAGACCCGCCGUAUAGUCCGCGCGAGACGUUGAGAGCGUGGCAGGAGAAGAACCAUCCGUGGCUCGAGUUGUCGGAUGUGCACAAAGAGACCACAGACACCAUUAGAGUGACUGUCAUUCCCUUCUAUAUGGGUUGUCGACACUCACAGAAUACUAACGUCUAUUGGUGGAGAUAUUGUAUACGAUUAGAGAAUUUGGGCGAAACGGCGGUUCAGUUACGGGAAAGGCAUUGGAGAAUAUUCAGUCUCUCGGGUACUCUGGAAACGGUUCGCGGCAGAGGUGUUGUCGGACAGGAACCGGUUCUCUCCAAAUCGUUUCCGGCCUUUCAAUAUAGUAGUCACGUGAGCCUACAGGCGCCCAGCGGUCACAUGUGGGGAACCUUUAAGAUGGAGAAAGAAGACGGCACUACAUUUGACUGUCGGAUCCCUCCCUUCACUCUGGAGAGCAAACCCGACGCCAACAGUCCGUCGCCUAACGCUAACACAUAAAUAGUUUAAUUAUAUGUAAAGUUAUUUGUAUUUAAAUUAGUGAACAAUUUUAAAUGAAUUUAUUGUAUAUUUUAAGUCAUUAUUAAAUACUUUAUUUGUUAAUAAUAUUAAAGAGAAUUGGUUUUUGAAAAUGAAA